AGCUCCAGUCUGUUUGUAAACUCCACGUCUCUACACCUCUGCUCUCCCGUUCGCUUUGCACAGCGGGUGAAGAAGCAGAAAUUCGGUUCAAACAAUUGCAUGAAAGCAACGCAUUCGCACUAAACGGAACAACGUUGGUAGGCUCAUUUUAAGCCCAUUCAUCAGGAGACAGAGGUUUGCUUUUCUGUACCAGGGACUGUCUGAACGUACCAAGAGGCGAAGGGAAGGAAGGAACAGAGGCAUCGGCUGGCAGAAGUCUGUCAGUGGUCUACAUUGUGAUCCCGUUCUGUUGUUUUCAAGCUCCGCCGUGUUUUGUCAUGCUCUCUUGGAGUCGCUCGCUGAUUCCACAUGCAUAACUUCAGAUGAUUGCAGGAUACAGACACGCUCAGACCGGAGAACUUGGAUGGGAGCCACUCUCGGACUUGUCAGCGUGAAUUAGCAGUUUGUUUUUGACGUAUAUGAUUAGACAAGAAGGUGAUGUGGUUUAUGAAUAGACUCAUCUGUGCAGCCGUACAGCUGAUGGACUGAGUGCACGUUAUAAGGAUUCGUCUACAGCAUUGAUUCUUUACAUUUUUGAAUCAUGGAACUAACGGGCGAAGCAGUUGUUGAUUUUUUUGCAUGCAUGUACCUUUCGAUAAGAAGACAUGCAUAGCGUUUCCCCCUUCAUCCUUUCAAUGUCUUUGCAUUUUUAAUACAUAUUUUUUGAAACCGAGAGUUGGGUAGCCAUCUCCUCUUUCAUGUCGAUUUCAUUUUGUUUUUGCAUGAACUGUGUGGUGAUAUUUUGAGACUGGCAUGCUUUUGAAGCCAACCGUACCGGGACUGUGCGCAAUGUUGCAGACGAUCUAUGAGACAGAAUCCUGCUUUUCUUCAGACAGCACGUCCAGCAGAGAGCGACCCGUGGAGCUGCUUCCUCAGUCCAGAAGCACCAGCAUGCCUAGCACCGUGGAUGUGAAGACCUUACUACCCUCCGGGAUGCAAAGCCCGGUGGGAGGUGGAGGAGAUCAGGGCGGAGGUAGCGGCGGUCCGGUAGACCUGCGUACAGACCCACGUCUGAGCGCGCUAAGUGCUGUAGACCCGUCGCUACGAGAAAAACAGCUUCAGCACGAGCUGCUCUUACUCAAACAACAACAGGAGCUCCAGAAACAGCUGCUGUUCGCCGAGUUCCAGAAGCAGCACGAGGUUUUGACGCGCCAACAUGAAGUGCAGCUACAGGAACAUCUGAAGCAACAGCAGGAGAUCCUCGCCGCGAAACGUCAGCAGGAGCUGGAGCAGAAGAGGAAGCUUGAACAGCAGCGUCACGAAGAGAUGGAGAAACAGAGACUGGAACAACAGCUCAUCAUGCUGCGAAACAAAGAGAAAGGCAAAGAGAGUGCCAUUGCCAGUACUGAGGUCAAACUGAAGCUGCAGGAGUUUCUGUUGAGCAAAAAGGAGCCCGGCCCCGGUGGACUCAACCAUUCCUUCCCCCAGAAGUGCUGGGGGGCUCACCACACAUCCCUGGAGCAGAGCUCUCCUCCACAGAGCAACACACCGGGAACACCACCCUCUUACAAACUCCCCCCACUCCUAGGAUCCUAUGAGGGCAAGGAUGACUUCCCUCUGCGGAAAACCGCCUCUGAGCCCAAUCUGAAGGUACGUUCGCGGUUAAAACAGAAGGUGGCUGAGAGGAGGAGCAGCCCGCUGCUCAGGCGGAAAGAUGGUACUGUGAUCAGCACUUUCAAGAAAAGGGCAAUCGAGAUCUCAGUGUCCUCUAUGUGCAGCAGUGCUCCUGGCUCUGGGCCCAGCUCUCCGAACAGCUCAAACUGUGCCAUUGCCGAGAAUGGCUCCAGCGGAUCCGUCCCAAACAUCCACGCUGAGCAGUUACGUUCUCUGCAUCAGUCUUUGACUGGCGAUGGGGCACCGAGUCCCCUAAGCCUCUACACUUCUCCAUCUCUGCCCAACAUCUCUCUGGGACUGCCUGCCAACGCCCACAUCACGGCCCCUCAGAAACUCAGUGCCCAGCAGGAGGCUGAGCGGCAGACAAUCCAGAGUUUGCGUCAAGGUGGGGCACUAACAGGGAAGUUCAUCAGCACAUCGUCCCUGCCAACGUGCCUUUCCACCGGGGCACCCCAUGACCCUGAACCCCCCACCGCCUCUAAUAGCCACAGUAGCCAUUCCUCGCUGCUCCAGCACGUCCUGCUGUUGGAGCAAGCUCGUCAACAGAGCGCACUUCUCGCAGUUCCUAUGUACGGACAGUCUCCGCUGGUAACGGGUGAGCGGGUAUCCAACAGCAUGCGUACAGUGAACAAGUUGCCCAGGCAUCGACCACUGAGCCGUACACAGUCAGCACCCCUGCCCCAAACACCGCAGGCCCUGCAGCACCUCGUAAUGCAACAGCAGCACCAGCACUUCCUUGAGAAACAGAAACACUACCAGCUGAACAAGAUUCUUUCUAAAGGGACAGAUCUUCCAAGACAGCCUCCCACUCACCCAGAAGAGACGGAGGAGGAACUUACGGAAACCGCCGAGAUGCAGGACGAGCGAGGGGAGGGGCCUGAUCAUGUAAGGGAGGGGCUACAUAAAGACAGCUCUGGUGAAACCACACCCCCUUCUGAACACCUGGCUCCGCUGAAGGGAGAAAGCACAGAAAGUGACUUGGAGGAAGAAGAUGAUGAAGAUGAAGCAAUCGAACUGAGGGAAUGUGAUGAAGACGCCCCCUAUGGCCAGUAUUUGGACCAGCAGCAUGUGCAGCAGCUCAACGUGUUCCAGGCCUCUCUGUCCAUCACAGGAAUGCCCCACAGACCCCUGGGAAGGGCUCAGUCGUCCCCUGUCACCUCCAGUCUUAAAGGAACAACGCUGAACGAGGUGCCCAUUAAGCAUCUCUUUACGACAGGGCUAGUGUACGACACCUUCAUGCUGAAGCACCAGUGCAUGUGUGGAAACACCAACAUUCAUCCUGAACACGCGGGUCGCAUUCAGAGCGUUUGGUCCAGGCUGCAGGAAACAGGACUGCUGGGCCGCUGUGAGAGGAUCAGGGGAAGGAAGGCCACGUUAGAUGAGAUCCAGACCGUCCAUUCAGAGUAUCACACGCUGCUCUAUGGCACCAGUCCACUCAACCGACAGAAGCUGGACAGCAAGAAACUUUUAGGUCCAAUAAGUCAGAAAAUGUAUGCUGUCCUGCCGUGUGGAGGCAUUGGGGUGGACAGUGACACAGUGUGGAACGAGAUGCAUUCAUCGGGAGCCGUCCGGAUGGCCGUCGGCUGCGUCAUUGAGCUGGCAUUUAAAGUUGCCGCUGGGGAGCUGAAGAAUGGUUUCGCAGUGGUCCGUCCUCCUGGUCAUCAUGCUGAGGAAUCCACCGCGAUGGGUUUCUGUUUCUUCAACUCAGUCGCCAUCACUGCCAAACUCCUGCAGCAGAAACUUGGUGUGGGCAAAAUCCUCAUCAUAGACUGGGAUAUCCAUCAUGGAAACGGGACCCAGCAGGCUUUCUAUAAUGACCCCAAUGUGUUAUAUAUUUCUCUGCACCGUUAUGACGAUGGCAACUUCUUCCCUGGCAGUGGCGCUCCUGAGGAGGUAGGUGUGGGUCCAGGAGAAGGCUUUAAUGUCAACAUUGCCUGGACAGGUGGAGUAGAGCCACCUAUGGGUGACGUGGAGUAUCUGACCGCCUUCAGAACGGUGGUGAUGCCCAUUGCCAAUGAGUUCUCCCCAGAUGUGGUGCUGGUGUCAGCUGGUUUCGAUGCUGUGGAGGGCCACCAGUCGCCGUUGGGCGGAUACAACGUCACCGCCAAAUGCUUCGGUCAUCUCACUAAGCAGUUGAUGAAGUUGGCUGGUGGACGUGUGGUUUUGGCACUGGAAGGAGGUCACGACCUCACCGCCAUCUGUGACGCAUCUGAAUCCUGCGUAGAGGCACUUCUGGGAGAUGAGUUGAAUCCUCUACCAUUGACGGUGCUUCAACAGAAACCAUGUCCAAAAGCCACAGCUUCUCUAGAGAGAGUCAUUGAGAUUCAGAGUAAACACUGGACGUCGCUGCAGAGGUUGGCUCCCACGGUGGGUCAGUCUCUACUGGACGCUCAGAGGCGAGAGAAGGACGAGGCAGACACUUUGACCGCCAUGGCCUCUCUCACUGUGGACAAUGAACAGCAAACCACCUCCACUGAAACCAGCAGAUCAGCAGAGGAGCCGAUGGAGGAGGAGCCCGUGUUGUAGAAGAGCGAGUUCAGGUCAUCACUGCUCCAGUCUUCUCCUCCACACGUGCUUGGCACUGGCCACCCUGACGUCACGCCUCAUGUUCCUCCUCCCAGCUCUUUGAUUGGUUCCCUCGGUCCGUCACUCAUUUCCAGGUGCUUGACUGACACGUUCACAGCACACCCACUUUUUGCUUUUCCGAGGUUAAAGCAUAGCAAACCGUUGCCCAAAGUGGACAACAAAGGCAUGAUGGGUAAUUACAGGACCACUCCAGUGAGGGUUGCGCAGCUGGACAGGCCGAACAAUGGAAGUACUCUUCAGAAAGAGAGGCCUUUGAUUUCGUUUUCUCGUUGUGUUGGACUGAGGAUGUAAAGAAAAACAUGCAAAAAAAAAACGAAGAAGAGGAGGAAGGGAAAAAAACACGACAGCACAGGGAUGUUGUCGCACGGAGAGCCGCGAAAAAAAGCUUUGUUUUCUGUACAAAGUAUAAGUGAUGUACAAAGUUCCAAAAAAGCCAACAAGCAGCAAAAAUACUUCAGCACAAAACACAAAUAUACACUCAUUCACAGUUGAGCGCGGUUCUCGGAAGAGGAACUCGACGUCCAGAUGCCGUUGAAACACCUUUUGCAGACAAGUAUACCCGUUUACACUGUACCGUGUUGAUUUUUUUUAUGGUAUACUUGUUCAUCUGUAUAGUAUCCUGUUAUGAAAAGCACACAAACAUACAAGAAAUAUAAAUAUAUAUAAUAUAUAUAAACAAACAUACAUAUAUAUAUAAGCAUAUUUAUAUGUAUGUAGUUUUGUGUGUACCGUAUACACAUUUGAACAUACUUUAUAUCCCCUUUAUCGGACAUUUUCUUAUCAGCUGUGGUUGUACAUACAGUAAACGUGUCUGCAGACUUUUCAGAACGUUCAGAAGGAUGCUUAGCCUUUUAUUCCUUUUCUCUCAGAGAAAAAAAACGACUUUUUUGGGGGAAUAUACGGCUUCGCGAUGACAUACUCGCAAAUAAACGUAAAUAACACAGCAACUCAUCCGUUUUACGACAAAAGGUGUAAACGACGAAGAAAGGAUUUCAGUCUUGACCUUCGGGCGAAGACGCUGAUAGAAAGAAAGACUUUUUUUCGAAGAACUUGGUGCCUUUUAUACUAAGGAAAACAUUCAACACCAAUACUUAACGAAUCACGAGUCCUCAGACUUAACUUACAUUGAUUUGUUUGUUUUUCAAAUUGCCUUAAUUUUUUCAAAGAAAAAGAAUUUUAGCCAUGAACGAUGGAGAGCACAAAACAAUUAUCCUCCUCCUGCCCCGGUUUCUUUCUUUCUUUUUUUGUUAAAUCUAAUUUUCGUUUGUUUCAUUUUUAUGUAAAUGUUGUAUCGGUAAACGGUUUUGAUACAUUUUUAUUUUACUGUUAACGAAAGAACAAAGGAACGAGAGAAAUUCAACGAUUGUUUUAUUUAUCGGUCCUGUGCCGUAGGCUAGCACAUGACGUGAUUGUUUGGAAACACUGACAAUGUUGUGACCAAUUUUUUGCCUGUUUAUUUUUUUUAACCUCACCUUCCUUUGUACAUUUAUUUGUUUGACUUUAUUUCCAUUGGCGAGAGUGUUAGCGGUGACUUUUUUUAUUGAACCAUUUCCUUUUUGUACAAAAAUGUAAAACAAACAACAACAACGAAAAAAAGAGUCUGUAUCAGUGUUAAUUUUGUCAUUUGAUUUGAAGUAUUCUCUGAUAAGGAAUGUACAGCGUGGUACAGAUAUUAUCGAUAAUGUUGAUUUUGUCACUGUGCAGUGCAUUUGGCAUUGUCCUUUUUCAGGUUUUCAAGAUUUUUUUCCGGCAAUAAGAGUGACUACCACUUUUUUUUUUUUUGUGUUUGUUUAACACUAAAAUACUACAACAUUUUGGUUACAUAUAGCUUUCACGCUAUUGAUAUGGCUAUUUUUCACCAGACUAAUUAUUCAUAACUGUCGUCUAAUAGCUGGUUAAUCACUUGUGGAUGAAACACAAUGGCUUGUUUAUGACCCUGAAAUAACGAUCAUUACAUUUUCACUGUGUGUGACAACAGCUUUUUUGGGGGCCAAAUUCGAUUUAACCUACUGCGUCUUUAUUCAAUGUCAUCGUCUUCUUCCUUUCGCAACGUCGUAACUUGUUGUGAGAGGUGACGACAUGCCUAAAGGCGAAGACUUUUUUUAAUGAGACUGAACCGGGCCUCGAGCAUCUUGCACUAAUACUACACUGUAGGUCCGAUAAUUGCGUUUCUUUUUCACUUUCAGUUCUCAGACGCAAAUUACGAGGCAUUAAAAGUAAAGUAAAUAAUCUCAGCUAAUGCGUUUUUAAUCACGCACGAACUCGUUUUUUUUUUUUUCCUAUGUGUACAUUCAUUAGUUCACGGUUGAUAUUGAAAUUUCGAUGCGCAUUUCUUGACUCUGCUCUCGUUUGAUUUAUUUAUUUGGAGUCAGAAAUGAUGGCUGAGAGUAAGUCACAUUGCUUCUGGAUCAGUGUGUGUCUUGUUGUAAAUCUAUGAUAAAUGAUCUUGUCGUUUCGACAGCCUCAUCGCCUCUGGGCAAUAACUUUUUCAAAUAAAAAACAAACAUCGGCCAGUUUUCUGCAAAAACAGUCCUUUAUGAAGAGCCAUGUCACUAUCGGAUAAAGCAUUUACACAUUUCAGCAGUUUUUUGCUCUGUAUGUUGAAUCACUAACGUCACCUUCAGCUGUUCAUUCUGUCUCGUUAUCGUUUGCGUACCAAGUGCUUUGACUUGGCAAAAGAGCAACAGGAAACGAACACUUUGUGAAAAAUCAGGCACUCGCCUGUGUACGUAGAUACUGUAAUAUACACUAAGAGAUUUUCCCUCUUCUAUGUGGCUAUGGGAUGAUGUGCUGUCUGAAUCAGGAACUACUGUGAUCAGGUUUUGUAACGUUUGGAUGUAAAUCACCAACCAUUUGUGCAUAGUUUUGUAUCUUCACCUUAUAUGGUGUCAAACAGUUUUCUUGGCUGUGCAGUUGGUGGUGAAAGCUUUACUUUUUGGAUCCUUUUUUUUUUAAUUAAGGAGGAAUCAGCUGACAUUUUGGUCCCUAUUUUGAGGCUUGAAAACCUUCUCCUUGGGUGUGCUGGGUUGAGCAAUACAUAGAGAGAGGAAAUAAUCCAUCAGAUGUAAUACAGUAUGACGCUUGGCUUUCUUAAGGGAUAGUUCACCCAAAAAUAAAAGUUUAUGCACCAUCUAAGAUGUAAGUGACUUUAUUUCUUUUGAUAAAACAUUAAGAAGUAAUAUAUAUAAAAUAUAUAUAUAAACUUAAAAAAAAUCUUUAAUUAUUAGUGAUUUAAAGUAAAUUGCUAAUUGAGAGUCAAAAUUAAAGGGAUAGUUCACCCAAACUGAAAUUCAUUCAUAAUUUAAUCAGCCUUCACUUGUUUCAGACCUAUAUGAGUUUAUUUCUUGUGUUAAACAUAAAAGAAUAUGUUUUGAAGAAUGUUGGUUGCUGCACCCAUUGACUUCAGUUAUAUAUUUUUUCCCUACACUGGAAGUCAAUGGCAGACCCUCCAGGAUUUGGCAAUACCCUGAUUGUUGAGUUUAACGCAAAAUCAAGCAAACGUCGCAACACAAUUGUGGAGCUUGCAUUAUUUUAAAUUCCUACUGAUUUCUUGCAUAUUUUGGGCAAUCAGGACAAAUUCCCACCAUACCAUUCAGUUGUAUCAAUCGCUUAACUACUAUAUAUUGUAAAUCUGCAUCUGUCGUCAUAUGUGUAGCCUUCUCUCUCUCUUUUCUCACAUACUCUCUCCGAGUGGUAUAAUUUCUAUCAAUGUGUUCAAAUAGCCAUCAAACAACAUGAAUGACUUGGCAUUUAUUUUCAAAUUCAAUUGGUUUCAUUUUCAAAUACGAUACGGCAGGCUUUAGGGGUAAACUCUAGUUUCUCUAGACCAGAAAUGCCCAAAGUUGCCCCAUGAUAGAGACACUGCUUGCUGCAGAGCCAUUUGAGCUCCAGCGAGGGGAAGCUUGAGCUCCUCCUCCUGUAAGCUGUUUUAAUGCGUACACCCACCCCACCCCUAACCACAACCCCUAGUGACAUCACUCAUAGAAGAAGUGCAAGGAAGGAGGAGCACCACUUGGUGGAGGCCAUGAUAAACUUUGAUUUGGCCCGCCACCCCAUCUGAGUAAAAAAAGUUGGGGCGAAUGCUACAGCAGAGAUCGUCAUUUCUAAUUUAACAUACCUUUUUGUUUAAUUGUUGAGCUUCAAAAAACUGAAAUUAAAUGUUGUAAUUUAAUUAAAUUUUUUAAAAAUGUAAAUAUUGUUACUCGAUAGAUACUGUAAAGGGCAACGCACAAAACACCAAUGAGUAAAUCAAGGUAAAGGCAGGUGCAGCUUGACUAGAAUAUUUAGCAUUGAACUCCAUUGUGUUAUAAAUAGGGAUGUCCCAAUCAGGUUUUUUGCCCCCGAGUCCAAGUCAAUUUGAUUUUGAGUAUCUACAGAUAGCGAAGCCCGAUCCGAUUCUUCUAUAAUACAUAAAAAAAAAGAAAAUAAGAAGAGCGAAGAAAUAGAUCCAGGAUGUUCCUUAUUUUUUAUUUAAUUCACCUUAUUUUAACAUUCAACAACUCUGUUAACAAAUAGAGCACUUCUGUGAGGUAGUUUGAACAAUUAAGUAAUAAAUAACAUCAAUUCUUCACUUUUGGACUUUGGUACAACAAUAAAAAUAAAAACUAAUAUAAAAACAAAUAACAUCUAAGAUUAAAAUACCCGGCAGGCAAUCCCAAGUUUACAUAUCUCACAGUUUGCUAUGGCAAUGUUGUCGUCAUCAACUUUAUAAUACCUCCAGACCACAGACAUACUCCCGCUUUCCACUUUCCACAAGCUGCUUCCGUGUUCUACUUUGUCAGCAUUUGACCAAUAGCGUCUCUGCAACAAAGUGAUGUCAUGCCGCAGGCGUUGCUGUUUCUGUGUGAAGUUGAGAAAGAGGUCUAACUCUGUGCCACUGCAUAACUAUAGAUGUGUUAAAAAAUAAUGAGAAUAUUUUUAAAUAUACAUAUAUAUUUGAGUCCUGAUCGGGAGGAAACAUCCGAUUCCGAUCGAGUCUGAAACCGUGUUAUCGGGCCCGAUUUCCGAUCAUGUGAUUGGAUCUGGACAUCCCUAGUUAUAAAUGGGAUUGUUUAUGGUAUUAUUGUAAGAAGUACAUUAUAAAAUGUAAAAAAAAAUAUGUAUAUAUAAUUAUUAUUAUUAUAAGUAAUGUAAGUUUUUCCAAGAGAUUGGUUGCGGCUGGAAGGGCAUCCACUGCGUAAAACAUGUGCUGGAUGAGUUGGUGGUUAAUUCCGCUUUGGCAACCCCAAAUUAAUAAAGGGACUAAGCCAAAAAGAAAAUGUUUUUAUAUUUAUUUUUAAAUAUAAUUAAAUUAAGAAAUUACCAUGGCAACUUUAAUGUAACACAGUUUGGUAUAUUUAGCUUCGGCCCACCACCCUCAAUCAAGUUUGGUUUUUGGCCCUUCAUAAAAAAAAGUUUGGGCACCCCAGCUCUAGACUUUGUUUCUCUCUGUGUUUCCCUUGCAUAAAUUACAGAUGAAUUAUAGAUUACAGAGGUUUUCGAGGUCAAGAAAUUAAUAAAGAAAUUUUCUAAGCAAAACAAUAAAAUAAAUGCCAAAAAAGUCACAAAUUUAGCAAAAACUCCCCACAAAUUUUAAUUCUAAUAAAAAAUAAAAAUCAGAUUUUUUUCUGGGCAAAAAGCCUGAUGGGACUGCAAUUGUCCCAGCAUUCUUCAAAGUAUCGUCUUUUGUGUUCAACAGAAUAAAAUGCUCAUAAUGGUUAAAAACCACAUGAGGGAGGGUAAAUGAUGAGGCAAUUUAGAUUUUUGUGUGAACUAUCCCUUUAAUUCCAGUGGCUCUUGGUGAUACAUUGAGCUUUAAUAAAGCGAAAUGAUUGGUCUGUGCAGGAAAUUGAACGUUAUUUACAGCAUGAUUUAUUUGGGGGUGAAUUGUCGCUUUAAACAAGGCACUGAGGGAGGCUGUUCAUUGACGUUUUCCACUGCAGUCUCUCUCUCAAUGACCUUUACACAAAGAAGAACAAAAAACAAAACGACGUGAGCGUGAACAGGGCCUUACUAUGGACUUUAAGAAAACCUCUGUGCGUGUAAAAGACAUUCGCCAUGAAAGAUAGCUUUACCGUCUGCCACAUUUUUUGCUAUUGGGUAAAUAUGUAUAUUUAUUGAUAAUUCAUAUGUUGUGUAUAUGUAGUGACCUAUGAUCGUCGAGGUUCAAAGAGUGCUUGUAUAUUUUUUGACAUUUUUUUCUUUUUCGAAAGAGCGGUUGUGUCUCCUUCACCGUCCCUUCAUUUCUUUGCUGUUCUUACAUCACUCUGUUGUGAUUGGGUGUUUCAAUUUGUGAGCUCUUUUAACCUUUCGAUUUUUAAGCUCCUUCUUUUCCUCUCUCUCUCUCUCUCUCUCUCGUCUCUCUUCUGGUCAUAUUGAUAUGCAGAAGUUCUCUGAAAUUAUCAAAGCACAUUCCCUGAUUUAUUGUGUUCUUUCGACGCUUUCAUGUUGCGACAAUACAAAGGUGUGUAUACUAACUGCUACACACGUGUAUAUAGGGUGCAUAUAUGUGUACACAUGUGCAAUACACGCUAUUUGAGCAAUCUAUUACUGUGACUAUUAAUCAUUAAAAAUUGCUGUCCCUUUGA